GGCGGCGGGAGCGCGCUCGGCCAUGGCUGCCUUCCGACGGCGCGGCCGAGCGCACUCGGUGCUCAGCCACGAGUUCGUGAUCCAGAACCGGGCGGACAUCGCGGCCGCCGCCGUCAUCCUGGUGCUGAUCGGCCUCAUGUUCGAGGUUACAGCAAAGACCGCGUUCAUGUUCAUUUCCCCACAGUACAAUGUCAGCACAACCACUGCAGACAGAUGGGGAUGUUGUUUAUUAUCUCUACGGGACCAGUGAUUUUGUUACCAUCUCAUUCUAUAUCUUCAUUACCAUUAUCUUACAUGCUGUUGUCCAGGAGUAUGCACUCGAUAAACUAAACAAGAGGCUGCACCUAUCGAAAGUCAAACACAGCAAGGUGAAUGAGUCUGGGCAGCUGGUGGUUCUCCACCUCAGCUCCAGUGCCUGGGGCCUCUACAUCAUUGUCAGUGAGGGCUACGUGAGUUCCCCAUCCAGUCUGUGGGAGGGCUAUCCUCACACCAACCUCUCCUUCCAGAUGAAGUUCUUCUAUCUGUGCCAAAUCUCCUACUGGGUCCACAUGCUGCCAGAGCUCUACUUCCAGAGAGUGCGCAAGGAGGAGAUCCCACGGCAGCUACUGUACAUCGGUUUGUACCUCCUACACAUCGCAGGGGCUUAUCUACUCAACUUGACGCGGUUGGGCCUAGUGCUCCUGGUGCUGCAGAGUGUGUCGGAGCUGGUGUUUCACUGGGCCCGGUUAUUGUACUUCACCAAUGAGAACAACCAGAGGCUGUUUAACGUGUGGGCAGUGGUGUUUGUACUGACCCGCCUUGUCACCCUCACCCUGGCUGUGCUCGUCGUGGGGUUUGGCCUUUCCCGUGUUCAUCAUCAGACUUUCCAUGUGGAAAAGGGAAUCUUCAACACCCUUCCCAUCCGGCUCGGUGUUCUGCUGGCCCUCUGCCUACCCCAGGCCUGGAUGAUGUGGCGGUUCAUCAACUUCCAGCUGCGCCGCUGGAGGGAGUGUCAGCUGGAGCAGGCAGCACGCAGGAAGGUGGUCGGUGCAGCAGGGACCAGGGCGAGGAGCCAGCGCAGGGAGCCAGGUCACCAUGAGAACGGUUUAAUCAAAUCUGAGAACGGAGCCUCCCCCAGAACUCGGAAAAUCCGGUCUCCCUGAAGCUCGGAUCCGGGGUGGAGCCCCCAGCACUGGAGUAGCCACUCAGACAGCACCCUGCCUCCCCCUCAUCCAAAGCACCCACUGCCCCAACCUGUCUCCAACACACCUCCCACCCUCAUUGGGCCCCUCCCUCACCAGAUCCCAAUCCUGGAGUCAGCAUAAACACCCUGCCCACCCUCAUCCCUGGGGACCCGGGCUCUGCGUGUGCGUGCCCUGGGCUCUGCGUGUGCAUGUGCAUGCCCCGGGCUCUGCGUGUGCAUGUGCAUGCCCCGGGCUCUGUGUGUGCGUGCCCCCGGCUCUGCAUGUGCGUGUCCCGGGCUCUGCGUGUGCGUGUGCAUGCCCUGGGCUCUGUGUGUGCGUGCCCCGGGCUGUGCAUGUGCGUGCCCUGGGCUCUGCGUGUGCAUGUGCAUGCCCCGGGCUCUGCGUGUGCAUGCCCUGGGCUCUGCGUGUGCGUGCCCCGGGCUGUGCAUGUGCGUGCCCUGGGCUCUGUGUGUGCGUGCCCUGGGCUCUGUGUGUGCGUGUGCGUGCCCCGGGCACCCCUUGAGAGAGGCUCAGUGUCCAGCAGUGGGUCUGACUGCUGCAGGGUGUGGUACUGAUGGUGAUGGCUGGGGCUGGGUGCGGUGGUCUCGGGGUCCUGGGGGUGGAUGUUGUGGUCCAGAGGAGGGUGUACCGGCUGAGGGUGGGGGCUCUCUGCUCCCGAGGCCCCACCCCCACCGAGCACUGGUGAUAGCUGACUGGUGGGAUCAGGACCAUCUGAACCCAGUCAGGCAAACUGUGAGCACAACUCAAUAAAAGUGCAACGUGAA